AUGGCAUCAUUCCAAAGUUUCAACUUUGAAGCUCAGAUUCCAGCAGAGCUCCUAAUAGCUCAGAUCAUGCAACUUCAUGCAAGCAUUUCAAAGCUUGAAUCUCUUAGGCCUUCUAAGCAAGUUAAUAGCCUUUUCACUCACCUAGUGAACCUUUGUACCCUCCCUUCAUCCAUUGACAUUGAAGCCUUACCCCAAGAGGUGAAAAUAAUGCGUGAGAACCUCAUUAAGCUUUGUGGCCAUGCUGAAGGGCUUUUAGAGCUUGAAUUCUCAACAUUCAUAAGCCUCACACCCAAGCCAUUGAACAAUCUAACCUUGUUCCCUUACUAUGGGAACUAUGUGAAACUAGCAAACUUGGAGAACAAAAUCCUCGAAGAAAAUGGGGUGGUGAAUUCAAAGAAGGUAGCCUUUGUAGGGUCAGGUCCAAUGCCACUCACUUCCAUCAUUAUGGCCACUCAUCACAUGGAAUCUACCCACUUUGAUAACUUUGAUAUUGAUGAGAAGGCAAAUGAGAUGGCUCGCAAGAUUGUUGCUUCUGAUGCAACACUUGAGAGGAGGAUGAAGUUUGAAACACAAGACAUUAUGGAAGUGAGAGAGAGGUUGGGACAAUAUGAUUGCAUCUUUUUGGCAGCACUUGUGGGUAUGAGUAGAGAAGCAAAAAAUAAGAUUUUGGGACACAUAAGAAGGUAUAUGAAAGAGGGAGGGGUUUUACUAGUGAGAAGUGCAAAAGGUGCAAGAGCUUUCUUGUACCCUAUUGUUGAGGAGCAUGACAUGGUGAAUUUUGAGGUGCUUAGCAUCUUUCAUCCCACCAACGAUGUGAUCAACUCAGUUGUUCUUCUUCGCAAGCCUAAAGCUUAA